CUUUGCUAGUAUUUCUUAAUGCUGUCUGAAGAUUGUUUUUUGAUUCUGCAAUGACCUCUGCGGUUCUCUUGAAUAUUCUAUUACCUCUCACAGCACCUCACUCCCCCGAUUGUCAAGGUCCCUUCAGGCUGAAAGCAAACUUAGCAAAGGCUAGAGUUACAUAACUGUUAGCUCCUGUUAUGGUCAACCAGCUAAAAAGUAUGGCCUGUAGACAUGUUCAAAAUUUAGUCCAAAGCGUCUCAAAAUGUUCUGGAAAUGAGGCACUAUAUUCUCCAAUUGUUGAUACCGGUUGUGACUCACCAUCUAGCACUCCUAAAGGCUGCAGAGUAUCGGGAUUAUCCGAAAAGAAGUCUGAAUCUCAUUCAGAAGUUGAUUCAAAAUGUCUAAAUAAAGUCUGUGUUUCACCGAGUGCCUCUCAACCUUGCGAUUAUCACUGCGAGGGAAAUCAGCAAGUCGGUGUCAAGUGUAUACAGUCGAAAAAGAUAGCAGCUGAAGAUUUAGAUGAUCGUCAAUCUCCAAACAAUUAUCUUUGGCAAAAAUUAGAAGCACUGAUUGAUCAGAUGAUCUCAGAAGAGGAUGGGAUACCCGUCCGUAAUGUCAAAAGUCUGAUGUCAAUAAUUCCUAGCACGUUUACCGGUAGUGAUAUUGUUCAUUGGUUGAUGGAACACACUGGAGCUAGUGAUGUUACUGAAGCUGUUCAUCUUGCUAGUCGCAUUGCGUCUAUGGGAUAUAUCUUUUGUAUUGAUGACCAUGUACUCACUGUAAAAAAUGAUGGACAUACAUAUUACCGAUUUCAAACUCCUUUUCUUUACCCAAGUCGAUGCAUGGAGGCAGAUACGGCGGAUUAUGCUGUUUAUUUGUGUAAACGCACCAUGCAAAACAAGCAAAGGUUGGAACUAGCUGGAUUUGAAGCUGAACGUCUGGCUAGUUUGCAAAAUAUUUACUGCCAUAAAUGGGAGUUCAUUUACAUACAGGCAGAAGCGGAAGCUAAAGUAGAUAAGAAAAGAGAUAAAUUAGAGAGAUUGGUACUUGAAUCACAAGAACGAGCCUAUUGGGAUUUACACAGACCGCCACCAGGCUGUAUUAAUACAACAGAUAUUGAUAUGCGUAAAUUGUGUCGUGCUAAGCGCCCUAAAAAAACUACAUCUCGACCUAUAAAUUUCCCUAUACCAAAUGGCCCAGAUGGAUCCAUUUUAUUCUCCGUUUUGGAUGGUCUUACACUACGGGAUAGGGUAGACAAACUUCAUGCUUGUUCACGUACGAGAAUUAAAUCGUCCAAAGCAGCUGAGAGUUUACAAAAUUUUACCGAUCAGUAUUCUGAAUUCGAUUUACUUUUAUCUACAUCAACAUCUGUUGGUUUUUCUGCACCUUCUACAACUGGAAUAAAUCAACCGAAUACAACCGCUUCUACUGGCCAAUUAACAUUAGGUAGUUUAAAUGUGAAUACCAAUCCUCCCACUACUGUUUCUACUACACCAACAUCUAUAUUACGUACAUCUGGUGAUAAAUUAAUUCAUCAUACUCGUAGUAUCUCAGCUACUGGAUUUAAUGGAAUCACAUCAUUAACUUCAAUGUCAUUAGCUCGUACCAGCAGCGGAACAGGAAAUGGUUCACAUAAUUUUACAACAUCGGGUCAAAUUUCUAGUGGACAUGGAUCAGCUGGACAUAUGGGAGGAAUUACCUCUAGUGCACCUAAUUCAGGUAGUUAA